AUGGAAAAGACAACCGAGCUUGAGUAUGAUGCUUUCAGUGAUCUGGCGGUAACUGCUGCCUUUGCUCAGUCUGUUUCUGCUUCUUUGGCACUGCCGCCCGCGAUAACCAAAAAGGGGCAAAUGUACCUGUCAAAAUUUGGAAAUCUGGACGCUGAGCUCGAACCUUUGAGAAGGGAGAUUGACCUGUCCGGCUAUGCAAUCCCAAUUGACAACCUACGCCAACCAGGAAUGGCCCAAGGCGCUCUCGCUAAUUUAGGCCAACUCGUCAUUGAUAAGACUGGGGCGGACAUAGGCUUCCUGUAUCAGGAUCUCAACGAAAGCUGUCUGUUUGAAAUCCAUAACCAAUAUGAACAACAAAGAGAUAAAGAGCAAUCCGCUGCUGCCGUUGCGCCUGGUCUGUCUAUUCCCGAAUCCUCAAGUUCCGAGCUACAGAUUGCAGAGCGACGUCAAAAAGUCAAGACCCGACCGGCACAUUCCUCUAUCUAUAACAUUACCCCGACUACCGAGGCUCCGGAGAAGGACGAUGCCCCUGAAGCCCCGAUCUUGAAGGUCGUGCCUAGCACCUUUGAAGUUUUCUCGACCAUUUUCUCCAGAUCCGAUUCCAGAGGGUCGAUUCCCUGGUCAGAUUUCAAAGCUGCUAUGGUUGACCUCGGAUUCUCCGUGAUCCCAAGAUUCGGUUCCGUCUACACUUUCUCCCCGCCUCAGGAAUAUGCUGCCCAGAAAGCGAUCACUUUGCACCGGCCCCAUAAGUCUCAUAUUGAGGGAUAUCGUCUUCUCAUCAUCGGGAGACGCCCGGGGCGGCGGUAUGGCUGGAACCAGAAUUCUUUUGAGGUAGCCUAA